AUGCGAUCAACAACCUCGUUAAGAUGGGGUAUCCCAUGUCACUUGCUUAGAAUAUGGUACAAGACAGUUGUGGAAAGAAUUAUUCUGUAUGCCGCUGCUAUUUGGGGAACUAACAUCUCUUCCCAAAUGAGACGUUCACUACUCUCUAUACAGCGACACCAGCUUCUUCUCAUUUGCAAGGCUUAUCGUACCACGUCCACGGCAGCCUUACAAAUUAUCGCAGGCACGCCGCCUCCGGACUUGUUAUUUGAACGAGAGGCUGCAGUGAUUAACGUAAGCAGACUACGACACACCAUGAGUCUCUGGGGACAAAUUUAUAUCCAUACUGAUUAUGAGCAUCACAUACCGCAAGCUCCCUGCCACCCUGCUAAAAAUAACCUUGUGGACACUAUCUACUUUAAUAGAACACAUGACUCGGGAUUUGCAAAUGGUGUUUUCACUGAUGGCUCUAAAACUCCAGGGGGCACGGAAAGCGGAUUCUUCAUACUUUCUGGAGGAGCUUUUACGUAUGAGUGGAAAAGAAAGCUCGCUUCUGAAAACUCUGUCUUUCAGGCGGAGCUCAUAGCAAUCAGAGCAGCUCUUCUCCACCUGAAGAAUAAUCCCACAGUGCCCAAUAUCAUCUACACAGACUCAGCCUCAAGCCUCGCUGCGAUAGCUGGAAUUCGUUCUCGCAGUCCUAUCGUUAAUGAUCAGCUUCAGUUAUAG